UUUGAUGUGCACAAAUUUGUUUACAUCCCUGUUAGUGAGCAAGUGGGUGGGCCUAUGCCUGAUCCACUAUCCCAGGUCCACCCAUGGAUGAGCCCCUGCUCAGUCAUGUGAAAUCCAUAGAUUUGGGCCAAAUUAAUUUAUUUCAAUUGACUGAUUUCCUUAUAUUAACAGUUUUUUGCAUGUUGCGUUUAAAUACAACAUGCAAAUAUAAAAAUACACGUUCUUCUCAACUGCGUUACCCACUCCAGUCAGCAGUUGGCGAUGUGUCUUUCAGGCGAUGCUUUCAGUGUGACGCGUAAUCUAGUGGACGGGACGCUUCCUCGAUAACAACAGCUAGUUAUCCACCUCGUAAUCUUGCUAGCCAAAAUACCCGAAACAGUUAAGCUCUUUAGACACUUUCGGUGCAUCAACCACUCUGCUUUGAAUACACUUCUGUCGUAUCUAGUUGCCCCAUUUAAUUUCAUAUUUACGUUGUUAGUCAGCUGGCUGGUUAAAUUAGGCUAAUCGCUCAUGCGAACUAGUUACGUUAGCUAGCUAACAUCUCCGACCAUGAGUUCACUAAGUUACUCUGCUCCUGCUAAAGGAGAGGAGGUCUGCUGGACGGAGAAAGAAGGCAUGUGGUUGAACAUUGUCGUGAAAGAGGAGAAGGAAGAAGAGGAUGUCACCGUAAAAGUAGAGGGUGAGGCUGUUACAGUGAAAGGAGAGGAAGACACGAUCAGAGUGAAAGAGGAGGAGGAGGAUGUUACAGUAAAAGAAGAGGAGGAUGCCGUUUUUGGAGGAAUGAACGAGGGAGAGAUAAAUGGCACAUCGAAAGAGGAGAAGGAGACGGGAGAGCUGAUUAACGCCAGAGAGAGACCAGACUCUCACUCUGACAGCGGGAAGAGUCCUUCAGGGGAACCAGACCCAGAGACGACCAAACCAGCAAGACCGCAUCACUGUUCCCACUGUGGAAAGAGUUUUACCUGGUUAGGGUACCUAAAACAGCAUGAGAGAACACACACAGGAGAAAAGCCUUUCCAAUGUUCCAAGUGUGGAAAGAGUUUUACUGUGUUAGUCAACCUGAAAAGGCAUGAGAAACUACACUCUGGAGAAAAGCCAUUCCAGUGUUCCCAGUGUGGAAAAAGUUUUACCCGGUUAGGGCACUUAAAAGAGCAUGAGAGGACACACACAGGAGAAAAGCCUUACCACUGCUCCCAAUGUGAAAAGAGAUUUUCAAGAUCAGGGGACCUAAAAAGUCAUGAGAGGACACACACAGGAGAAAAGCCUUACCAAUGUUCUCAGUGUGAGAAGAGUUUCACCCAGGUAGGGAACCUGAAAAUACAUAAUAGAAUACACUCUGGAGAGAAGCCUUACCAUUGCUCCCAAUGUGGAAAGAGUUUUACCUGGUUAGGGAGUCUGAAUUCGCAUGAGUGGACACACAGAGGAGAGAUGCCUUACCACUGCUCCCAAUGUGAAAAGCGUUUCAACCAGUUGGAGCACCUGAAAUCACAUGAAAGAACACAUUCAGGAGAGAAGCCUUUCCGCUGCUCUUAUUGUGGAAAAACGUUUUCCCAGUCAGAAGACUUGAAAUCACAUGAGAGAAUAGAGAGGCUGUGCUCUGACUUAUGUUUUCUAACGUCCUCGACCAUGAGCUCACUAAGAUACUGUCCCCAUACUAAAGAGGAGGCCUGCUGGACGGAGAAAGAAACUCUCGUCAAAGAGGAGAAGGAAGAGGAGGCUGUUACAAUACAAAAACAAGUAGAGGGUGAAGCUGUUACAGUGAAAGAAGAAGGGACUGUUAAAAUAGAAGUAGAGGGUGAGGCUGUUACAGUGAAAGAAGAAGAGAUGGACCGUAGAGUGAAUGAAGACAAAGGAGAGUUCAGAGUGAAAGAGGAGGGAGAUGUUACCAAAGAUGUUUAUAUCUGUGAUGUAAAAAAAGAGGAAGAGGAUGCAGUUUUUGGAGUGGAGGGAGAGAUUACUGUCACAUUGGAAGAAGAAGAAGAGGAGGAGACAGGGGAUCUGAUUAACACCAGAGAGAGACCAGACUCUCACUCUGACAGCGGGAAAUGUCCAGCCAGACGACACCACUGCUCCCAGUGUGGAAAGCAUUUUACCAAGUUACAGAACCUAAAACAGCAUGAGAGGACACACAAAGAAGAAAAGCCUUUUCAAUGCUUUCAGUGUGAAAAAGGAUUUUCAUGUUCACAGGAUUUUAAAGAGCAUGAGAGGACACACGCAGGAGAAAAGCCCUUCCAAUGCUCCCAGUGUGGAAAGGGUUUUAACCGGUUAGGGAACCUGAAAGAACAUACAAUAAUACACACAGGAAAGAAGCCCCACCACUGCUCCCAGUGUGGAAAGAGUUUUAACCGGUUAGGGAAUCUGAAAAAGCAUGAGAGAAUACACUCUGGAGUGAAGCCUUACCAAUGUUCCUAUUGUGGAAAGAAUUUUACUCAGUUAGAGAACCUGAAGGAACAUGAAAGGACACAUACAGGGGAGAAACCCCACCAUUGUUCUCAGUGUGGAAAGGCUUUUACCACGUCACGAAACCUUAAAGAGCAUAAGACGAAACACACAGGAGAAAAGCCUUUCCACUGCUCCCUGUGUGGAAAGAAUUUUACCCAUUUAGGGAACCUGAAGAAACAUGAGAGAAUACACUCUGGAGAUAAGCCAUACCCCUGUUCCCACUGUGGAAGGAGUUUUAGGUGGUUAGGGACCUUAAAGCAACAUGAGAGAACACACACAGGAGAGAAGCCUUUCCAAUGUUCCCAGUGUGGAAAGGGUUUUACCCAGAUAGGUAACCUAAAAGUUCAUGAGAGGACACACUCAGGAGAAAAGCCUUUCCAAUGUUCCCAGUGUGGAAAGAGUUUUACUGUGUUAGAGAGCCUAAAAGAACACAAGAGAAUACACACAGGAGAGAAGCCCUACCAAUGCUCCCACUGUGGAAAGAGUUUUAGGGGGUUAGGGAACCAGAAAAAACAUGAGAGGACACACACAGGAGAAAAGCCUUACUAAUGUUCUCAAUGUGGAAAGAGUUUUAACCAGUUAAGCACCUGAAAUCACAUGAAAUAAAACAUUUAGGAGAGAAGCCUUUCCACUGCUCUCAUUGCGUAAAGACAUUUUAGUUCCAGGUGUAUGAUUUCCGCAUAUGGCCUCUAGACUUGCCUGUAACUUGGAGAGGGUGGAGCUUUUGGUUCCGGUUCCGAUCCCAGUUCUAUCUCGUCACGUAUGGAUCCAGAACUUCAUCAAGUGUUACCAACCCAGUAACUAACCCACGGAUGUUGUUGCACUCGCUUUGUCUAGGGGUGCUAAGCCUAGUUACAUGGUCUGUAACCUGAAUGAAUGUAUGCAUUUAUGUGAGAAAUCAGUUCAUGGACCUAGUGUUGAAUUCCCAGGGAGACGGCAACCUUACCUUGGUCCAGGGGCAGCUCGCUUGACCUCUUGGUCGGCCAGUCCAAGCGGACUAUUAUUUGUUUAGAUGGUGACGAAACAUAAAUAUGCUGACCAAAAUCAUCAUCAGCAAAGUCUUCACCACCAUGUUAUGACAACCAAGGACAAUGCUAGCAGUUCCAGUCCAGACGAGCCUACCUCCUCCUCUUCCCUGUACUCAAAGGGCAAUGGCCGUAAGGUUAAAGAAGUGUUUGUACCAGUUGGUCUGGACAGUGGGAAGUCCAUCCUGUCUGACUGUGCCCACCCUUUACACCAGGGGUUCUUAAACCUUUUUCAGCCUGGGACCCAAAUUAAAAAUUCAGUGUUUUCCUGGGACCCAAGCUUAUUGAAAUAUGCAACUUUGUGUAAAUAUUGGUUGAUUUCAUUGCCCUUAUGCCUAAAACAAAUGCAAUAUAAACAAAAACAAAUAACAUUGAAAAUAAAUACACAUAUAAAGCCUA